UUAAGCACAUUGAGCUACAUAGCUUGACCGUAACGUCUCUACGUAAACUGGUGUUGCGCAAACCAACCAAAAUGACGAAAGAAAGUGAACGCAAACAGCGUCAGUACGCCCGGCAUGGCAGUGUAGUCGGACGCCAUCGUCCCGACACUCGUUCCAUGACAGCCGAAAACGCGCGACUUUUAAAAUUCGAACGCCGAAUUUGAAAAAGUGUUUCGUUUUUUAAGUGACACAGACUAAAAAUAAACAGAUUGUAGAUAUGGAUUUACAAAGUGAGGCGAGUCAGGAGACGAGAAUUUUAAUUCCUAGACAUGUGAGUGCUGAGAAAGCACUUGCAGCAUCGAACAGUGCAGUGAAUACGACGUUCAUGUGCCAUAGCUACAGUCUUCAACCUGAUUUCAGAACGUAUGUGGAAGCACUGCAAGUAUACGGCUGGAUGCUAUGGUCGGCAGCUCUGCUAUGUGUGUGCUGCGUGUGCGCACUGUACGCGUUCAACCUGCGCUCCGCGCUUCGACAUUGGCGAAGCGCGUUCUGCCAUGCCGCCGUGGUGCUAGCCGUGUAUCCUGUGGUAUCGCUGUCAGCAUUCUUCGCGCUAGUGGUACCACGGGCGCAGCUACUGUCAGAGGCGCUGUCACAAGAGGCUGUGAUGCUGGGGCUGUACCAAUUCUACUGCCUCGUGGUCGCCGAAUGCGGCGGUCCUGAGCUGAUAGUCAGACGAUCUGAAGGCGCACAGCUCGAGACGCGAGUGCUGCCAUGCUGCUUUUGGCCUUGUUGCGUCAUCCCUCGGCCAAAACUGCAACCGAAGCAUUUCAGAUGGCUACAGUACCUGCUGCUGCAAGUACCGAUCAUACAGGGCCUGAUCUACAUAACCAUACUGAUAUUCCGCUCUGAGGACCUCAGCAUCUACCUGAAGAACUACAUGUACUUCCAACCGCUGGUAGCAGCCUCCAUCCUCACCGGUAUUUGGGGCAUCAUGAUGUGCCUGCGGGCUGCUGAAGCUACUGGCGGUAGACCGAGGCCCCGCUUCUUGGCUCUACAGUUCGUGCUCAUCAUUGUGAAGGUUCAGUGCGGACUCGCGAAGAUCAUCCCCACGACAGCACACCUCCCUUGCCUACUGGCGUUGAACCCAGUUGUGGUUUCUGAUCUAAUCCACAACACAAUCACGAUAUUGGAAAUGCUGCUACUCUCUAUCUGGGCGUGGAGACUGUAUAAGGUGCCGCCAGGCAAGAUCUUAGAGAAGGAGAAUAUUAUUACCACCGAAUAA